CUUAGUGGAUUGGAUAUCUCUAAAGAUCACAUCCUGGAACUCGCUUGUCUGGUGACUGAUGAACAAUUGAAUAUUAAAAGUAAUGAUUUUCAUUUAAUCAUCAAUCAGCCUGACGAAGUGUUGGAUAGUAUGGAUGAAUGGUGCACAGAGCAUCACCAGUCGACUGGACUUACUGAUGCUGUCAGGAGGAGCACAAUCUCUCUUCGUUCUGCGGAGCAGCAAUUAUUAACUUUUUUAAAAAAAUAUGUACCUGAAAAGUCCAGCCCUUUAGCUGGAAAUUCGAUAUACAUGGAUAGGCUAUUCCUGAGAACUCAUAUGAAAAUUGUAGAUGAAUACUUGCAUUACAGAAUCAUCGAUGUCUCGACAAUCAGUGAACUCGCUAACGCUCUCAAUAAGUCAAGACUGAAGAAUUGUAUAUUUUUUCACUACUUCCUAUUCUUUGUGAUGCUGACGAAAUUGUCAGCGGAUAUCCUAGAUCGUUUAGAUAUAUUUAUUCUGGAAAUUGAGGAGUUACAAAUUCCACAGCCACUAUUAUGGGAAUACAUCUGGUGUUCGAGUUUAUUAGUAUCACUUCUCGGAGGAGCAGCCGUGAAGAAAAAUCAAAUAAAAACACUUCAGAGAUAUAUGAUUGGUAUCUUUGUACUCGGAUUUGGUCCGUUGUUUUAUGCGUUUAUUUAUUACAUGUUCGAUGUUUGGAUAUAUUUGACUGUUGGGAAGACCGACGAAAUACAGUUGUGGCAGGGAUAUCCCUAUGGAUUUUUAUGGUACGCCUUCAUCCUCCUAGCAACACAAGUCCACGCAUGCUCUUUACUGUUCUCCUGGAAAUUACUUGUUGCAUGGAGAUCUCGAAGUACCAAAAAGUACCAAUAAAUCAUAUCAAAAUAAAAAGGAAACAACAAAAAAUGCCAAAUCAUUGAAUAUUUAUGUUCAAUUACUGGAUGAAAUCUAAAUACCUGCCAAGAGUUCGUAAAAUAAACGAAACACUUGAAUGAAAGAAA